AUGCAAGGAGGCUCGAGUGGAAACCCAAGGAUCCCAUGCUGUUUUUUUUUUUUUUUUUUUUUUUUUUUUUUUAAUCUCCAGGUCAAAGAUGAGUUCAAAGAUAUUUCCAUAUACUUCUCCAAAGAAGAAUGGUCAGAGAUGGGAGAGUGGGAGAAAAUUCGCUAUAGGAAUGUGAAAAGGAAUUAUAAAAUGCUGAUUUCUAUAGGUCUCAAAGCGCCCAGACCAGCUUUCAUGUGUUGCCAAAGGCAAGCAUUCAAGCCCCAAAUAGAUGAAAGUGAGGACUCUGAUGAAGAAUGGACACCUAAGCAGCAAGGUAGUCCUCCUUGGGUGCCUUCCCGAGUGAAGCAUACUAAACAACAGAAGGAAACACAGAGAAUACUAUUAAGUAAAGAAUCUAAUGUGCAGGAAGUAUCUGGACCUGAAAAUUUGUUGAAUACAAGUGGCUCAGAACAUGCCCAGAAAACAGUGGCCUCUCCUGAAGAAGGAAAUGCUUCUGGACAGCACACUGGACAAAAACCAAAGCUAAGGAGAAAGAAUGUUGAGGUAAAGAUGUACAGUCUUCGUGAGAGAAAGGGCCUUGCAUAUGAAGAGGUCAACGAGCCGCAGGAUGAUGACUACCUCUAUUGUGAGAAGUGCCAGAAUUUCUUCAUCAACAGUUGUCCCAACCAUGGGCCUCCUAUAUUUGUAAAAGACAGUGUCGUGGACAGGGGGCAUCACAAUAGCUCAGUCCUCAGUCUGCCCCCUGGGCUGAGAAUUGGUCCAUCAGGCAUCCCUGAGGCUGGACUUGGAGUAUGGAAUGAAGCAUCUGACCUGCCAGUGGGUCUGCACUUUGGCCCCUAUAAAGGCCAGAUCACAGAUGAUGAAGAGGCGGCUAACAGUGGCUACUCCUGGCUGAUCACCAAGGGGAGAAACUGCUAUGAGUAUGUGGAUGGACAGGAUGCAUCCCAAGCCAACUGGAUGAGGUAUGUGAACUGUGCCCGGGAUGAUGAGGAGCAGAACCUGGUGGCCUUUCAGUAUCACAGACAGAUCUUCUAUCGAACUUGCCGGGUCAUUAGACCUGGUUGUGAGCUUCUGGUCUGGUAUGGGGAUGAGUAUGGCCAGGAACUGGGCAUUCAGUGGGGAAGCAAGAACAAGAAAGGAUUCGCCACGGGAAGAGGUGAGCACUAUGAUGGCCCCUUAAAAAACAAAGAGAAGAAGGAAUUCUUGAAAAUGUUCAUAGGACAGAGAUCCAUCCUUGUCUUUUGUGCUCUUUGGCCUUCUCAAGUCCGAAAUUCCUCAGUCAGCAUGUGCAAUGGAAUCAUCGUACUCAAAUCUUCUCAGGAGCAUCUUCAACGAUGAACUCCAAACCAGGUGAUCCCCAUCCAAAUCAGCUUCAGGAACAGCAACAUUUCAAUUCACACAACAAAAAUGACAAGGCCAGAAGUCAAGAGCUCAAACCCAUGCAUAAAAGGACAAAACAGGAGAGUUCAACAGCCUUUCCCAGCACACUCAAAGGACAAAUGAAAUCUGAGGAAAAUAAGAAAAGUAUGGAAGAAGUGCUCAGAACCGGCCAGAAAAAAAAUACAGAGGACACAGUCAAAUCGUUUAUUGGAUCAGAAAUAUCAAGAAUUGAAAGAAAAUGUGGGCAAUGUUUCAGUGAGAAGUCAAAUGUCAGUGAGUAUCAG